AUGUUACUGUGUAUGCGAUGGCAUAUCCUCGAGCUCCAUCCUUCCCUUGUGUGCCACUCAACCGUCAUUUCAAGCUCGGCGAUCGGAGAUUCGUCACUCAUCUUCCAUGGUGGGCACACCCGUGAUCUCAAGAUCAUCCACGACGGAUUCGGCGCCCGACAUGUGUUAUUUCCAACACGCGAGAUAGUGGGCACCGGUCACUCUCUUACACGACAAAUUACUGGGUUGGCAAUUCAGCAAGUCGUUCCUGCUUCAUCGGAUUUACCUAUCCAGGCUGUGCUGGUAUCAGAUCCCGCUAUCGACAUCAUGUUCACUACAGUGCCCCGCCCUGCAGGCUCCAAGGUCGUCUUCUAUGAAGAUCCGCCUAUGAUGGCUGUGCCUUCAGGAUGGAUCACACUCGACUUGUUGGACGAACUCCACCGGACCAUUGAGCAGGAGCACCUCGUGCUCAACAUGAGGCAGGUUGACCCUUGUCAGUGUCUCUUUUGGUUGAACGACUUCAACCCCAAAGUUGUUAUCUUUGAGUGUAAAGGCAUUCAGGGCUCGCCGUUCAAGCGCAAUACUGGUGUCCCGGUGAAGGUUCGCAAGACAUCUUACCUCAUUGUUCCAUUCACAACGAAAUCUAUAUCCUGUGCCCAGUUACGCAAGACCUUGUGGAUGAAGUCAAGGUCUUCUGCCGCAUCUGAUGUCAUCGAGGAACCACCUCUGUGGUAG